AUGAAGAGGUUACUUGUGGUUGUUUUCUUGUUGGUCCUCAUGACCACUUUUACAGACACUUCACCAGUUUUGACUGAAAAAGACGCUAAGCAGAUUCUGAGAACUCGUCGUGAAGACAGACCGAGAAAAGCUGGUUUCCCUGAUGAGCCAAUGAGGGAGUAUAUGCUUUACCUCCAGCGCUUGGAGCACAGAUCAGAAGAACAAUUCCUUGAACACUGGUUGAAUCCACAUUGCUUCCCACACUGCAACAGGGAUUUAGUCCAUCCAAUCUAA